UCUCAGAAAAGUGCAUCGUUGGGAGGACGACGACCAAAGACGCGUCGACAUCGACCACCACACUACUACGCCCUACACACGCACGCACGCCCACUACUAGCCGGCGCCAUCGCGAUCGCCCACCACCACCGCGCCCUCCUCAUCACCUCCUGUACACGUUCCACUGCCUAGCAGCGAGCAGUACAUACGCGCACGACGCACGACGUGUGUGAACCCGCACCACUCCGCGCCCCCUCGGAUCACUCUUCCACCUCGCAACAAGGAACACUGGCCAUCCCGCGCCUCUGGACGUUUUGGCCUCUUUGUCUCGUCUCCGCUCUCUCGGCGGCGUACUACACUUCUCUCCGUCCCGGUGAAACAGGACCCAGGACGCAAUAAACGUACACCACGGGACACCUUUUCUGUGCCCAUCGCUGCGGAUUGCGCCUUGUACCACCCAGACAAGGCCCCCAGGCACGCACGGAUAGCAAGAAGAACAACAGCCCAUAUUCCUCGUCGUCAUAAAGCCACACUUUGGUGACACGCGCGGUUCCAACCAACAAAGGCCGCCCCCUUCAAAGACGUAGACGAAGACCAAGACGCGGAUUGAUCAAUAAUCUUCGCUUCACAGGCGGCGACGAUCCCGAAGCACACACUGUAUCGUCACGACGACACGGCCAGCGCCCACCACGACGACGCCUCGGCACACAACCACGACACACAACAUGACUUCUCCUCUCCACAAGUUUCUCUUCUCCCCACCACCGUCUCCUCCUCUGGCAACAGACGCCAAGCAGGACCCAAACGCACCAUUCACGCCCCUCUCGACGCUGCUUCCACCCGCCGCCGCCGACAGCGCCCCCACCGACCCAAAAGUCUCGCCGCGCACCGCCCAGCGCGGCCGCCUCGACGCGGCCAACCUCCCAUCCCGCUUCUUGUCGCCCAACACGCCGACCAACAGCAUGUCCUUGAUCGACGUCGAGGCCGCCAACGCUGGCGCCAAGGAGUUUAACGCCGAGGAGAAGAAGUCGCCGUCGCUCAUGAACCCGCUGCUGUCGCCCCGCCUCGCGCACUACCGCGCGACGAUUCCUCGCCCCAUCCUGCGCAUGCUCUUCUUCGCAGUGGUGCUCUUCACCUGCGUGGCGGUGCUUGUCAUCACCGACAACCGCGCCCCGGCCACCAGCGGCCCUCACGCCUACGCCCCUCCCCAGGCGACGCAGGCACGCGUCCUCCGCAAGCAGCUCGCGUUUGAGAAGAAGGGCAAGCAGGCGCCUCUUGUUGCUCCCAACCCGAGAACGUUCCGCCCCGACCCCCACCCGCUUCCCGAGUCGCACGAGCUUCUCGCUCUCACCUGGUUCGUCCAGGAGUCGGCGUACAACAAGCUGCCGUCCAACCUUGACCCCUCGUUCCCCCUCGACGCCGCGACCAUCAUUGGCCCUGUCGGCGCGUCCAAGCUCGGCGCGACGGACAGCGAGGGCGAGUGGAACUGGCUUCGCGACCUCAAGGAGGAGUUUGCCGACAGCGUCUUUGUCUGGUUUGCUGGCUCCGCGCCCCCCUUCUACGCGCUCGAGGGCAUCCAGAACCGUCACGGCCAGGGCAAGCGCGUCAAGAUGGUCCCGACGUCGAGCCGCCCAGACGCGCACGUCGUCCGCGGCGUCCUCUCGCGCCUGGGCUACGACCUCGACCGCGCCCCCGUGCUCAUCAUUGGCGGCGAGGCCAUCGAGGCCACUGCCGAGCACAUGGCCGAGCUCCGCGAGUCGGGCGAGCUGGGUGAAAAGCUGGCCGCUAUUGGCUGGGUUGGCGCUGGCGUUCCUCCCAAGCGGGUUCGGAUCCGUCUCAUUAGGAACGGGGCAAAGAUGUCGCACGUGACAUUUGACAACAUCUUCAUUGGCGAGUCCGCCGAGCUUGGGAAGCUUCGCUUCAACCCCGCUGGAUUCGGCUGGAAGUCGUACAAGGACGAGAACAACACUCCUACGACGUUCAACGGCUCGGAUGUCCGCGGCGCCACCUGGCUUCGUGUAGCACGCAACUUCCAGCUCCGCGUGUCCCUGAGAAGCCCCGAUAAGCCGCGCGUCACCUUUGACGGCUUCAAGCGCGACGACUUUGACAAGGUCAAGCGCACGCUCGACGAGUACUUUGGCAUCAAGCUCGAGCACCGCGACAUCAGUCUUAAGGGCUGGAACUGGGGCAAGGCCGAGGUUCAGAACAAUGAGAUUGUUUUCGAGGUGCAGCACAAGGAGGCGUUCGAGCUGCCGCUCGCCCAGGUGGCCAACUCGAACAUUGCCGGCAAGAACGAGGUCGCCAUCGAGUUCACUCCCCAGCCCAUCCCCGGUGUUGGCGCGCGCGAGCCCGAUGAGCUGGUUGAGAUCCGCUUCUACGUCCCUGGCAAGAGCAAGAAGCCCAAGGGCAGCGAUGCUGGCAGCGGCGGCGAGGAGACCGACGUCGACGAGGAGGGCAACGAGAUCUCGGCCGCCGAGGCAAUGCACAACCUCAUCAAGCAGAAGGCCGAUAUCGGCGCCGCUGUGGGCGACAGCAUUGUCGUCUUCGAGGACGUGCUCGUCCUCACUCCUCGUGGUCGCUUCUCGCUCGAGUUUUUCCACGAGUCGCUCCGCUUGUUAGGCAAGUCGACCGACUACCGUGUGCCGUUCAACUCGAUCCACCGCAUCUUCCUUCUGCCAAAGUUGGACGACCUCCACAUCCAGCUUGUGCUGGGUCUCGACCCCCCUAUUCGUCAGGGUGCCACUCGUUACCCCUUCCUUGUCGCCCAGUGGCCCAAGGACGAGGAGGUCGACGCCGAGCUCAACCUCGACGACGAGGAGAUUGCCAAGUACCCCGACCUGCAGAAGAAGUACGAGGCGCCCACCUUCCAAGUCAUCUCGCGUGUGCUCAAGUCUUUGACGGGCAAGAAGGUGACUCCCCCCGGCAGCUUCCGCAACGCCCAGGGCGUCAACGGCCUCAAGGCCAACGUCAAGGCUGUCCAGGGUGAACUCUACUUCCUCGAGAAGGGCCUCAUCUUCAUCGCCAAGCAGCCCAUCCUCAUCGACUUUAGCAAGACGGAGAGCAUUUCGUUCUCGCGUGUAGGCAGCGGUGUCGCCUCGGCGCGCACAUUCGACAUGCGCGUCGUCUCCAAGACGGACAGCGCCGACCACGUGUUCAGCGCCAUCAGCAAGGAGGAGGUUGGCCCCAUCUCUCAGUUCCUCGCCAGCAAGAAUGUGCGGUUGAAGAACGAGAUGGAGGAUACGAUGGACCUCGCCGGCGACAUGGACCUGGACGACCUUUCCGACGACGACGACGCGAGCAUCCCGUCCGAGGACGAGGGCCGCAAGAAGAAGAAGGGCAAAAAGGCCGAGAAGGUCCAGCCGCGCAGGGGUGCCGACGAAGAGGACGAGUCUGAGGACGAGGACUUUAUGGACGAGUCGUCUGACGGCGGCUCGCCUAGCGAGUCGGACUCUGACGACGACGGCUCUGGAUUCGCGUCGGAUGCGUCGGACCCGAUGAUGGAGGAGCUGCGCACCAAGCAGGCGGCCAAGCGCGCAAAGAACAAGAAGGCUGCGCAGAGCGGGUCUGAUGACGACGCCGCACCAAAGAAGAAGAAGGCCAAGAUGGACGUCGACUAGAGAGGGCGGGUGUGAGUGUGCCGAGGCACGUUGUAGCA